UUCGUUUCCGCAGAGCACACGUGUGAUACACAAACAAAAAUUUAUAGCAUUUGUCUAUCAACUGAGUUGAAAAAAACCUUAAAAUGCCGAAAGUGCGAAAAUUGAAGCGUAAGAAGACCUACAAAGUCAGUAUAAACAGAAAAAGAUUGCGGAAUAAACUCAGAAAAGUCCCGAGUAUAACUUGUUCACAGAUAAAGGAAGCCUGGAACUCUAAAAAAUCCACAAAAAGCAAUUUGCAAGAAAUGGGUCUAGGCUACAACCCUAACCAUGUUCUGAAGGUCCCAAAUGUGAAGAGUGCGUUGAUAAAAUCCGCGAAACGAAAAGCAUCAGGUGAACUAUCAGAAAGUGACGAGGAAAUCACUCCGACGAAGAGAACACCAAAGAAGAUCCAAGUUGCUAGAGACCUAGAAGCAGAGGCCAGAGCACCCAGAGAGAGGAUGUUCCGACUUCCCAAAGGGCAGGUUCUGUUCCUAACACAACUAAUGGACAAGUACGGAGACGAUUACGAGGCAAUGGCACGAGAUAAAAAGAACUAUUACCAACUCACUUGGAGACAGAUUCGCCAGAAGAUAAACACGUUUAAGAAUAUUCCUGAACAGUAUGGUGAGUACCUCGUGCACAGUGGGGACAUUGUCCUGGACGAUCCGAUGACAUUAGAGGAGACGAGGAAGAAGAUUGCGGCUGAAAAUGUUGAGAAGUAUUGCAAGAGGAAGGAGAAGAAGGAGAAGAGGAGUGUAAUCGGGCAGUGGAUCGAAGAGACCAUUGGAGAAGAUGAAGAAGACACGUUUGAGACAGAUAAAACAUUGGAAGAUGAUGACAGUGAAAAUAAUACAGAAGGUUCCAUAGAUCAAUCCGCAGAGCGAAAAUUGAAGUUAUUCCCUGAUGAGGAGAGUGAUGAGGAGGGCGAGACUGCUGAAGGAAAAAAAGCGCAUAAAACAAAAAAUGGUAAAAGUUAUCAUAUUUCGAAGUUAUCAUCUAGUGACAGUGAGGAUAGUGAAGAUCUCGAGGGAGACGACGCUGCAGAGGGCUUUAGGGAUCUGGACGACAUGUGUGAGGAAGAACUAUCGGAAGAUGAUAUCCUCGACGAUGGGGAAUUUGUCACAGACGAGGAUGACAGUGAAUGAAUAUUGUUGAUGGCAGUAAAUUAAUAAUUUCUAUAAGAAGAUGACAAUGAGGAGGACGAACGGACCUUGGAAGGAGAUAAAGCAUUAUAAGAUAAUAAUGCUGAGGAGAAUGUAGAAGAUUAAAAAAAAAAUCAAUUGAAGAGAUAUGAAUGGCGAUGAUAAUGAAUAAAUACCGCCCUUCUAUCACAAACUUGAUUUACUUUAUUACAAAAACGCAAGUGUAAAUAAGUAUCAGUUAAUUUCCCUCGUUUUCUUGAAAGAAUAUAAUUUUUCAAUGAC